AUGAAACAAAACCAAAAUGCCAAACCAUCAGAGCAAAUGCAACAAGUUCAAAAUGCAAAACCAUCUGAACAAAUUCAAAAUGUUAAACAAUCCGAGCAAAUGCAACAAGUUCAAAAUGCAAAACCAUCAGAGCAAAUGCAACAAAAUCAAAACGCCAAACCAUCAGAACAAAUGCAACAAAACCAACAAAACCAACAAAACCAAAAAGUUAAACCAUCAUCCGAUAAAAUGCAACAAAAUCAAAACUCUAAACCAUCUGAACAAAUUCAACAAAGUCAAAAUGCAAAACCAUCACAACAAAUUCAACAAAAUCAACAGGCUCAACAAAAUCAAAAUGCUAGUCCAGCUAAACAAAACUCAGUAAACAAGUCCAAGCAAAGCAGUGCAUUUAGUGCAAGACCAUCAAAUAAUAAUAAUAGACAAAAAAUGAAUAAUGUUGAAAAUAAUAAAAAAGGUCAAGAAGGUGGAAAUGGUGAAUUAGGCAUCCAAUUAUCUGGCUCGUUCCUUCUUGGUAAGGCUAAUUUCGACCAAGAUUUUAAUAACCAAAAGAGUCAACAAGCCGAAGAAAAAGCCAACAAUAUGGAUAAUGCUGAAAAGGCCGAAAACACAGAAAAUGCCCAAAAUGAACAAGUUGAAAAUGCUGAGGAUGAAGCAGAUCAAAAUGCUGAAAUCAAUAUCGCUGGUCUUCAUAUAGGUUUCGGUAAAACCAUUCUCUCAUUAUAAUUAUAAUGGAGUUCUAAGAUUAAAAAAAAAAAAAAAUUAAAGUAAAAAUUUAAAAAAUAAAUAUUUUCAAUCAUUAAAUAAAUAUACUUUAUUUUUAUCUUU